CUUAAAGUUGGGGGGUACCCUGAACCGGGCGUGUCCCCCGUGUGGGGGGGGGGCGUGAGCCCCCGGAAAAGUUUUUGCGUGUUGGGCCUCAAAUUCCGUCGACUAUCGCCGGGCGCGGGCGCCUGCUCGUAAAAAAUUUCACAAAUAACGUAACAUACACCACGCUUGGACUCUAGCACUGCAUCGGUACUUGUGCGUUGCACCAACUCCUCGCCAUUUCAUUUGUUUUUGCAAAGUUAUGCGUCGCCUAAAGUACAGUGAACAGCUUCUUACAUUUAGCAUGCAUUGGCUGGAGCAACGGGGCGGGCCAAGUGCACUUUACCGGUUACUGGAAAAACCGGGAGGGCCCGAGCUCGAUGCGACCGCACUGGCUAUUGCCCCUCCCCCUUCGGGGGAAGGGGCAAGCCAACGCAUACACGCAUACGUACAGCUUCGCAUACGUUCAAACCACCAUCAUCGUCCCGAGAAUCGCCUAUCAAAGACUGGGCCUACUCACGGCCAACCAACACGUCGGCAGCUGGGCAGCUGGACGCAGUCUACGCGCCUGGUACACUAGCACGGCUUAUCUCAGCUGCGGUCCACCUGUUUCAGCUUCAUCUGGUCGAAUUCAUUAGCCUCGUCAAGAAAGCGCGUCCUCCACGGCUUCAAUCGCUCGCGAUUGAAGCCGUGAAGGGUGCACCCAGUUCAGGUCACAGCUAGGGACCCUGGCCAGGCAUUAACCGUGGCUGCCUCAGCCAUAGGCACGGUGACACUCAGAAUGUCUUGGAUACGCGGGGAUGUGCGGCUGCGUGGGCUCCUACUUGUGCUCGGCACGUUCGCCCUGGUGGGCAUUGAGCACGUUUCGGAACGCACAGUGAAGCUGAAGUAUUUUCUUCAGAAGGCGUUGCCGCUUAAUGUAGUCUUGACGACGCCCGAGGCGCUCUCGAACUCGGACUCGGCGUCAGUCGGCCUAUAUGGGAGGCAGGCGCUCACGGCGGUGUUUUCCCGGCCCGUGCUAGCUUUGGGCUCUGACUUUGGUACCCCGGCGUCAGAGCAGAAGCUCCCGUUCCGCCUCAACUGCCCGGUGCCGGGCAAGGCGCGCUGGGUGUCCACCACCAUAGCACGCUUUGACCCGGAUGUGGACUGGCCCACGGACCUGGACUGUGAGCUGACGUGGAACGCUGGCCUUACAAGCUAUGAUGGUGCUCCUCUGCAGCUCGGCGACACAACCGCAUCUCGCAAGCUUAGCACCACCCCGCAGAGUCUGGUCAUCAUCGACGUGCUGUCGGACAAGGCCGACGAGCUGACAGAUGGUCGCUGGGCCUCAAGCCUGGGGCUGCCGGAUGACAGCUACCAGGAGGUGCCGCCCGAUGGCCGCAUCGUGAUGCUGUCUUCUGGCAACGUCCACCUGGCCACCCUGCAGAGCUACCUCAAGGUGGCGGAGGGCGCGCAGGGCAAGGGCGCCGAGGCGGCCUUCACUCUGGCGCCUUGCCAGAGCCCCGUGCCCUGGAUUUUCCGCUACACCAGCGCUACCGGCACUGGCACCCAGGGUGCCACUACGCCUCUGAGCCUGGACGUCAACACCACCUGCGUCGAGGUCUCGCCCAAGAACCUCAAGCCCGACACUGUCUACGCCGUGCGACUACCGGUGGGCUCGCGCUAUUUCGGCCUGUCGGGGCCGCUGCAGUCUGAGGCGGUGGCGCCCUUCCGCAGCCUGCGCCCCUUCCGCUUCUACUUCCAGCAGAGCUCCUGGCAGAACGUGUGGGCCGGAACCAAGUACCGCCGCUUCGACCUGGGCCUGCUGCACGGCCUGGGCUCCGCCGUGACCCCGGCGGCGCUGGCGGGCCGCAUCAGCCUGUGCGCGCGCGGCCCCGGCGGCGCCUGCAGCCCCGUGCCCUUCAGCCUGAGCCUGGUGGACAAGGGCCUGGCGCGGCUGAGCGUGGACAGCCUCAAGCCCGGCACCCAGCACACCAUCACGGUGGCGGGCGCUGCCUCCAUCAUUGACGGCUACGACCAGGCGCUGCAGGGCUCCUCGCUCACCUUCUACACCAGCUACAUCGCCUACUCCUUCGUCGGCCCCGCGCUGUCUAAUGUGGCCCUGCUGGAGCCCGCUGACGUGGAUAGCCUGGCGUGGCCCUUCGUCAGCCACGGCCCGCCGCCGCUGAACCCCGACCAGCCCUUGUACGAGCCCGCCUUCGCCAACCGCAUUGACGCGUGGGAGGUGGACAUCAGCGUGGAGCGCAACCGCGUCAUGCUGCUCAAGUCGGUGGUGCAGUCCUUCGGCCAGAUGAACCUGCAGUCCAUCUUUGGUGCGCCCGCCGCCAGCGUGGCGGUGCCCAUUGAGCUGCGCACGAUCGGAUCCGGCGCCGACUGGCAGCAGCUGGCGCUGUCGCUGGCGGGCGCCAAGGUCCGCGUCGUCAGCUUCUGCUGCAGCCUUGGCGGCAUCAGCGAUGCCAAGCUGCUGGUGCGCAGCGGCCUGUCGCUCAACGUGGUGCAGCUGGGCGACACCUUCCGGGCCUGGCUGCUUGACUCCAGCGAGGGGGGAGCCGCUGUUUCGGGUGCCACCGUGUACAUCCACGUCCUGCCCAAGAACGGCCGCAGCAGCGUCAUUCACACACGCCCGGACGCGGUCAUGCUGGGCACGUGUGUUACUGGCGCUGACGGCGUGUGCACCAUCACCAAGAACUCCGACAGCGACUGGAGCCAGGUGGCGGCGUUCGCGCUCACGACCGACGGCCGCGCCGCCGUGCUGCCGUCCGCCGGCUAUAUCAGCCCCGACUCGCCGCCUGCCAACUACGUGGCUUCGCUGGUGGCAGACCGCCGCGUGAUCGUGCCCGGCGACAGCCUUAAGGUCACCGGCUUCGUGCAGAAGGUGUCUGCCACCGGCCUCAAGCUGCCGGCUGAGUCAUGGGUGGUGGUGGAGGUAUCACCCAACUGGCAAGCCUCUGCCUCCGGCGCCUCGGGCGGCACCACCACCGGCGGCGGCGGCGUCAUUAGCCCGGGCCACAUGCUGCGGACACAGAUUGAUGGCGCCUCGGGCGUGCUUCAUGUGGAAGUGCCCGUCCCCGCCGACGCGCGCCUGCAGCCCUACACGCUGCAGCUGCGCCUGCCCAAGGCGGGCACCGCGCCUGCCUCGGGCGCCCGUCCCGACGAUGCUACGGCCGCUGGCUGGUCCGACGUGGCUGGCUCGCUUGGCUUCACGGUUGCUGACCCGCGCCCGCCCACCGCUGAGCUCAAGGUGGACGUGCCUCCGUGGGUGCUGCCCACCGCCGCCGUGGCGCUCAAGCUCACGGCAGUCAGCUACGUGGGUGCGCCCGUGGACAACUCGCCCAUCACCGUGACCUGGAGCCACAGCAAGGCGAGCGGCGUGAUCAAGCUGACCACGGGGCUGGACGGCGUGGCCUCCACCACCCUGGACUUGGGCGCGCUGCCCGACAUGAACCGCACCACCGCCUACGACACACUGUCCAUCGCAGCUGAGUGGGUGGGCCCCACCCGUGAGCUCACUCAGAAGUCCGCCACAAUUAUCCUGGCGGACGGCCCCGCCCGCCUGCAGCUGCAGACCUCCCUGGACACCGACGUACCGGGCGUGGCCUUCGCGCUGGGCGCCCAGCUCACCUCCAAUGUGGAAGGGACGGCCAUCACCGGCGUCGCCGUCACCGCCACCCUCAAGCCCGACACCUCCGCCGGCCCCGCCGCCUGCGCCGACACGCCCAGCUGCGCCACCACUAGCGGCACGGGCCUGGACGCGGGCUGCCAGCUGGCGCUGCCGUGCGUGGGGCGCUUCGUGCUGGAGGCGUGCGCGACGACGGCAUCAGGUCCGGUGUGUGCGAACCAGACCUUGGGUCGCAACACCACGGAGUGGUCUCUGGACCCCCUGGACAGCUUCCCCGCGCCCAACUUCCUCACCGAUAAGGCGUCAUACAAGAUUGGCGAGAGCGCCACGGUCAGGUUCCAGAACCCUUGGGCCGGAGCCCGGCUGAUGCUGACGUGGGGCAACAACUACGCCUCCAAGCACGAGGUGGUUGCCUCGCUGCCCGCCGGCCUGGCCUCGCACACGUUCGGCCCGAUGGGCAACGAGUGCCUGGGCGGCUGCAGCGUCUCCUUCGUUCUGGACGUGCCGCGGCUGUCCGCCUCGGCGCUGCCGCUGCCGCCCCCGGAGCAGCUCAAGGUCAGCAAGCUGUACGACCCCCGCGCGCCCGCCACCUACAGCCAGCAGCUGUCGCUGAAGGUGCUGCCGGAGAACGAGCUGGCCGUGACCGUGGCCGUGGCGGCGGCGCCGGGCGUGACGGCGGGAAGCAUCACGGACGCUGAUGGCAAGCAGCUGCUUUCCAUUGAGCCCGGCAGCGAGGCGACGGUGACCGUGACUGUCGGCAGCGUCGGUGCCGGCGCCUCCGUGACUGUGUACGGCGUGGACAAGGCGUUCCUGGACCUGCUGCCGUACCCGCUGCCGGCGCCGCAGCAGGAGGUGGUGCUGCGGCUGGCGGCGGCUGUGGCGGCGUACGGCCCCAGCGCUUACCGCCUGGCGCCUGGAGCGGUGCAGGCCGUGUUCGCAAAGCUCAUGAGCCGCCUGACCGGCCUGGACCCCUGGCUGCCCGCCGACACCACCGUGCGCCCCGGCGACACCGGCGCCUACUUCCGCACGCCCUACUACUCGCCCAGCGCCACGGCCUCGGCCGCCGCGGUGGACAUGGAGGACGCGGCAUACCUGGCGCUUUACACGAGCCCGCUCACCUACCUGGCGUCGGGCACCGCCACCGAUGAUCAGUCCAAGGGGGUGGCUGCCCCCGAGAGUGGCGGCAGCAGUGGCAGCGGCGGCAGCAGCUCCAAAACUGACAGCAGCAUCACCGUCCGCCAGGAGGCUGACUUCAUCGUGACGCCGCUGUUCGCCACCGCCGUCACUGACGCGUCCGGUGUGGCUCGCGUGGCCUUCACCGCGCCGCCCAACCUGGGCACGUUAGGCACGUUCGUACUGCGCGCCUUCGCCGCCUCUGGCGCCGCCGCCAAGUAUGGCUCUGGCGAGGCCAAGCUGGCGGUGCGGCGGGCGCUGUCGCUGACGCCCAGCGUGCCGCGCUUUGUGCGUGUUGGCGACCAGUUUGAGGCGGGCGUGGUCGUCACCGUCGGGUCCGCGUCGGCCAGCGUCACCGUCAGCCUAAAGCUGGAAAACGCAGCCGACAACCCUCUGACGCUGAACGGUGUGACCUCCAAGACUGUGACCUUCGCAGCGGGCGGCGGCCUGCAGCAGGAGGUGCGCUUCAGCUUCACGGCGGUCACCAUCGCGAGCGCCACGCUGGUGUUUGAUGCGGUGGACUCGGCGGCCGGCGGCGGCUCCGACAGCCUGAGCCUGGAGGUGCCAGUGUUCGGGCAGCAGGGCGACGUGUGGGUGGCGACCUCUUUCGCUUUCAAGGCGCUGCCCGCCUCCGACUCGGACGUGGUGCAGUGGCAGGAGGGGCUGGCGCUGCCGGACGCAGUGCCGGGAAGCGGCGGCCUGGCUCUUACGGCGGGUGUGGGCUACUGGCCCUCCAUCGCGGCCACCUACGACAACCUGGCGCAGCGGCAGGAUGACUACAGCGGCUACGCCUAUGCGCAGCCCUCCAUGCUGUGGGCGGUGCAGCCGCCGCUGCUGCAGCGCUACGGCCAGCCCGCCUCCGCCGCCGGGCCCGAGGCGCUGCUGCACACGGCCUACACCAACCUGGGCCGCCUGACGCUGUCCAACGUGGGCCUGGUCUACUCCGACCCCUCGCGCUGGUACUCCUGGACGCCGACACGCACCGACAUGUACCUCAACAGCUGGGCGCUGUUCCUGGCUGCCGAGCACGCCGCCUCCGGCAAGGCCCUGUCCGGGGACCUGGCCGCCGCCUACGCCACCGACUGGUCGGGCCUGGCCGGCAACCUGGUGCCGCUGUGGCGCGCGGCGGUGGAGCGGCAGUUGAUUCAGAACGCGCGUGACGCGCGCAGGUAUCCCAACACCAAAAACGCGUACGAGGAUUGGUACACGAUGGCAUGGGUCAGGCUGGCCAUGGGCCCCAACUGGAACCCGCCCACGUGGCUGGAGUUUCCCAUCAACAACGACCUGUCGCUGGCCACCCUGCUCAACGCCGUCACCGCCAAGAACGCCGGCCGCGAGACGCGUGUGCUCCUGUCGCUGUACCUGCAAGCUCUGGGCUCCGCGGCGCCUUCCUCGCCGCUUGUGGCCAACACGGUGGCGGAGGUCACCUCGGCGCUGCGCACGCAGGGCCGCACCGCCUACGUGGCCACCGGCCCUGGCGCUGCCUCCGCUGCGUCGCUGGACGAGCAGGCCCUGGCCCUGCUGCUGCUGCUCCGCUCCGGCGCAACACACCAGCUCAUCCCCAAGCUGGCGGCCUACGUGGCCAACCCCAGCCAGGCGGGCGGCAGCGUGGGCUGGUUCAGCAUGUACCCCUCCGAGGCCGCGCAGGGCCUGGCGGGCGUGGCACUGGCGGCCUACGACGAGGCGCGCGGCAGCACCAAGCCCGACGUGGAGCUGUUUGCUGACGUGAAUGGCCUCACCGUGCUGGAGGCCACCUUCCGCACUGGUGCUAACGCGCCCGUCAGCAACACCACUGCGUGGGAGGACCUGCCGUCGCCGCGCACCGGCUCCCCCUCAGAGCUCAACAUCGAGGUAACCGGCACUGGCGAGGUGUCUGUGGCGGCUUCGCUCCACUUCGUUCCUUCCGCGCUGCUGUCGUUCCCCUCCUACCGCGGGCUGUACGUGGAGGCGGCGCUGCAGCAGGUGGACCCGCGCACAGGCGGCCCCACCGGCGGCCGCCUGGCGGCGGUGCCGCUGGGCUCGGUGGUGGCGCUCACGGUGCAACUGACCACUCCCGACGACCUGGGCGCGGUCACGCUGUCAGUCAUGAUGCCGGGAGGACUCAAGCCCCUGGACCCCAACCUGGUGGCCGGAGCUGACAGCGCCUGCACCGACAGCUGGGUGGACAGCAGCAGCUGGGGCUAUGUCUACCGCUGGUACUACUGGUUCCCCAUCUGCCCUGCCCAGGAGACGCGCCCCAGUGUGGUCACCUUCAAGUACCUGUCCCUGCACGCCGGCACCUCAUCCGUGAUCAUCAAAGCCGUGGCCGCCACCGCAGGCACGUUCGUGGUGCCUCCUACCCGCGCCUGGGUGGACGAGCAGCCCGAGCUCAUGGGCAGCACCGCCAGUGCCAAGAUCAGCGUGUGCGCCGACUGCGCCGGCCCCACCUACGGCGCGCUCCCGCCGCCCGCUAAGCCCUGUCCCGCCGACUGUUCCGGCAACGGCGUGUGCAACCUCAAGACCGGCAAGUGCGUGUGCAACGCCUACUGGACGCGCGCCGACUGCUCGCGCAUGGUGCCUGCUUAGGCAAUAUGAUGGCACGGAGUUGACGCGACACGCGCGUACGAUGCUCACCUCAUAUUGUGUGGUGUGCCAGCGACGGCGUCCAUGGAAUACCUGUUUUGAACUCAGAGGCCGCUUGUUCCAGCGGAUGGUGGAGACGCGGCGCCGUUGCGCAGGCUAGCGUUUCUAAGAUUAAUUGGCGUGACGUGAGCCAUACGAAAGAAUGGUGAGAACUUGUUAGGCGUGCAGCUUCGAGAUAUUGGCGACGCACAUCACAACCGCCGCCGGUGUCUACCUUCGGGUCCGGGCAGCGCGCAGCUUGAAGGACAUUUUCCAAGGAUAGCAGAGCCUUUAUGGGCAUGGUUCCGCUCCAUGCCGGCCCCUACGGCCCUCAUGGUUGACUCAUUACUCUCCUACAAUUGCCGGUACUUGAUAUGCGUUUUGAUCAAGGUACCGUACUGCGCGUUGAUUUUUUAUUAAGUUGAAUAAUUCUGAGGGCGAUUCUUAAAAAGUAAAAUAUAAUUUUAAAAAUAGUUUUCCCUGCGGGGCUCCUAAAAAUCCAAAAACAGCUUCAGCGCAGAUGGUAUGGCUACGAAUGGCUGACUACCGCACGCUGUGAUGCUGCGAAUGCGUUUUGCCCGUGUCUGUGUGCUUCCGGAGGCGCUGGGCGGCACGGCGCUUAAAAAUUAAAAAUAAUUCUGGCGCGGCUGCGCCGCGUUCCUUAAAAAUCAAAAGUCGGGGUUGGAGGAGUCAAGUUGGGCCCUGAUAGCAUGUGAUGGCUCGGCGUCUUCGGGUGCUGGGACUGUCCCCUCUGUAACAUCCGCAUUCUUAAAUAUUAAGAACCCA